AUGUCUUCGCCCAAGAAUUCUACUUUCACGAACGUCAUUCAAAUCUCCAAUUCCAUUAGAAAUAUAAAUAAAGAAAAUUCUAUUACGGAAAAAGAUAGUGAACAGCAAGUGAACAAAAUAAAAUCAGAGCUACAUCACGAUUUAUUUUGGACGUUCAGAAUAUUGAUAAUGUUCUUCAAGCUUAUCGGUCUCGCUACAUUCGCGCACCGAAUUGUCAUAUACAAAAAGAGAACGUCAUACACAUUUCAAUAUUGCAAAUUAGGAAUCGCUUACAAUGUUGUGCUGAGUAGCUUAAUGAUAGUCUUGAACUGUAUGUCUAUAUCAUUCAGAACUAAUUUGGACUAUGAGAAUAAGACGAAUGUGACUAUAGGCAUCGAGGUUUUGCAAACUAUACUAGGUGCCCUGGUGAGCUGCGUGACUUUGAUUAGCUACUGUAUCAAUCAGAAGUCCUUGGUGCGGAUCGCCAAUCGAUUAAUCACCAUCGAGCACCAGAUAGAUCGUCUGUAUGAUCUAUAUCAUCCGCUACGACGACAGCGUAUCUUCUGCACUAUGAUUCUUGUUUGCAUCUUGAAGAUUUGCAUUCUGAUACUUCUCCUGUUCAUUAAGAUUCUGAUCGCUCAUACAAGCUCAUUGCUGAUAGACAUUUUGCCGACAUUUCAGGUGGGUUGGCUAUUGAUACAGUACUUCCUAUUGGUGACGGUCAUUCAGACAGAUUUCGCUGAUGUGAAUCGAGCGAUACAAAGCUUCACCAGAAUCAUUAUACCUGAUCUUCGACUGCAGUCUCUCUAUCAAAAGCGUAUCGUAGUCAACAAUUCGACAGUUCAUCAACUGUUGCAACUGCGAGAUGUGCAUUGUCAUCUUUGUGAAAUCUCUGAGGAUGUGUCGAGUUUCUAUUCACUACCAGUAUUAUUCAGCAUCGGUUUUCUCUUUCUGUCACUCAUAUAUAAUGGUUACCGUUUUCUGUGGAUUCUGUUGAUGACUGAUGAUUUCUUAAACUUAAAUUAUUCUUCUAUGAUUUAUGAAAUCGUUUGGAUAAUAUUUCGGAUUUAUCCCAUUUUUCUCCUCACCAACAGAAUUACCAGGAUUUUAAUCGAGGUAGAAUAA